AUGCCUCAUAAUAUGUUUGCAAAGCUACUCUCUCUUAAUCCUAGUACAUCGCCAUCGAUUGAAAUAUCGAAACCUAUAUUUACAUUAGGAAGAGAUUAGAAGAAUGACAAAGUGUUUUCGGAUAUCAAGGUAAGUUCUAUCCAUUUGACAAUUGAAUACAAGGAUUCCCAAUUUACGGUGACGGAUUUAUCUAGCAAUGGAACAUAUAUCAAUGAAAAAAAGAUUGGUAAAGGAAACACAGUAUCUAUUUUAAAUGGAGAUAAGAUUCAUUUGUUACCCAUUUAGAAGGUUAAGGACUAUGAAGUGAUUGGUUUUGAAUUUUUUGUGUGCUCAAACAAUGAGUAACAGGCUUCCAAAAUAUCAAUCGAAUCAAUAGACCGAUAAAUUUCUGAUGGAAAAAGAGAAGUAUAAAAUGAGAAAUUAUUGGACACAAAAUUAGUUGAAAAUAUAGUUGACACAGAAAUUAUUAAUGAACCACCCAAAAGGAAAGAACAAUCACCCAUUCAUGUCCCAAAAAUUGAUGGUUUAGAAGAUGAAUUACAAUGUACAAUCUGCAAUGAUUACUUGUUUGAGGCUGUUGCAGCAAACCCUUGUAAUCACCAUUUCUGCGGUUCUUGCUUAUCUAAUUGGUUCAAAAAGUAAACAUACGAAUGUCCAAAUUGCAGAGCUAAACUAACUGGAGUAAUGUAGGCAAGAACCAUCAACAAUCUCGUUGAGAAAUGGUUAAAGAUUAAUCCCCAUGAAAAAAGGACUGAAUAGCUAUUGAAUAAGAUGAAAGAGGAAAAUCUCAUUUAUAAAAAUCCCGAGUAAUAUAUCAAUUUAAAUGCCUAAUUAAAUUACGAUAAAUAGGAGAAGAAAGUCUAAUUGCUCUAAAAUAUAUAGAAUUAAUAGGAAUUGAAUAGUGAUGAGGAUGAGGAUGAGGAAGGUGAACACUAUUCUCAUGAUGAGGAGGACGAUGAGUAUUUAAGUAAUGAUGAAAACUUUGAUGAUAAUAGAUAGAACUAAUAAUUUUAAUAAUAAUAGCUUUUUCCUUUGUAAUACCAUCAAAAUAAUCAUGCUUUCCAAGCAUUGCCACCCUUUUUUCAUCAAAAUAAUUUCCAACUAGGUUUUGGAUAGAAUGUAUUUUAACAAUAAUUCAUGCAACCAAACAAAGUAUGCAAGAGUUGUAAUGGACAAACUUGGAAGAACUUUUAAUGUCCUCCCCUACAAUAACAUGUAGGUUGUGCUUCCUGUGCCAGGUUAAUGCCAAAAUUAGAUCCUAGUGAGGCAGACAAUGAAGUGUUGCAGAUGUAAUGUUGUAUAUGUAAAGCAUAUCAUUGUGCAUUUUAUUAUGGAGACUGCAAUAAUGCUGCACUUUAAAAAUUUAUGCUAGUCAAAAAUAUAUAGCAUCAAAUGGUAAUUCCGUAUCAAUAUGUAAACUCCGCUGAAUAUAAGAGAUUAAUCUAACAUCUUGGAGGAAGACCUUAGACUACAAUAUUUAACUUUAUGAUGGAAAAUUACAUAAGCAAAGGCUAUUUCUAUUUUGAAUAAAACAAAGCUACUUUUAAUAAUCCAUUAUAAGAAAUUAGUGUGAAAAUAUCUCCAAACUCACCAAUAUGCUGGUUAUGUCAUAGGAAGUUAAUCAAUUUCAUUAUAUUUAAAUAUGUUCAAUGCAUGAAGUAUGAUGAACCCAUAUUCAUGAGAGAAGAUUGUUACUAUGGCAUCAAUUGCAAAGUUUAAUAGUAGAAACAAUAUCAUGCUUAGAAAUAUAACCAUUUUUGUGAAUAAACUAAAUUUGAUUGAUUUAUACUUAUAUUGAUUUGUGAUCAAAUAUUUUAGUUGUAAA